AUGAUUAAGCUUGCAGGUCAAGGAAAAAUCAGAGCUCUAUCAAUUGAAGAAAAUUUGGAGUUGGAGAGGGAGCUUGCCUCCUUGAAUAAGCCUGCUGUGAAGACCAUCAGGACUAUCUAUGGAGACAUUUACGAUUGUGUGGAUCAAUAUAAACAGCCAUCUCUUGACCAUCCCUUGCUUAAAGAUCACAAAAUCCAGGAACCGUCCCCAUUCGGAGGACAACAAAGGAAGAACGUUAAGAGCAAAAACCAGUUUCGAAAAACUUUUUCCAAGUUUUAUCAGGCAAUGCAGAUAUAUAAUCAAGCCCAAAGUCAAUAUAGAUCUCUCAAGGACAGUUUCACUCGCCUAUAUACGUUUGGGGGUUUCGUCCAAACAGAUACCACAAUAGCACUGGGGAUGGUCCUUGAAACAAUUUCAGUUGUGGUGGAACUCAAUAUACAUCCACUGGAAAUCAAUCAGGAUAAGGAAAACGGGAAAUGGUGGCUCGUGUAUGGCGAAAAUGGGAAACAAUUGGGUACUGGCCAAACAGUCUGUUCACAUAUCUGA